AUCAAGUUUUGAAUUUAAUUCUCUGCUGCAAUUUAUUCUUUUCUGUUUCAUUAGUAAAGUCUGCCCAGAAACCAGUGAGGGUUCCAGGCAAGAUGGUAUCUUGUUUACUCAUAUUGCCCACUGGCUUUUCAAACAUCCUUUAGUUUCUCUCAGCUUUUUAUCUAAUAGAAACUGGCAAUGCAGGGUGGCACCACUGCUCCCCCACAGAGGCAGUGGGGGAAAAGGAGACAUAACCUCUCUCCUUCUCUCCUCCACAGGCAAUGAGAACUUGUCUCGGUACAGUGGAAAUAUGCAAAUACAGAAAUAGAUUGCUCUAUGUUGUGCUCUGCCAAAAUUAUGCUGGCAACAUUUAUUUCUUUUGGGAACCUGCAGCUGCCAAAUAGUUAGUAACUAAAAUAUGCCUGUAAGCUACUGCGACAACCACAGGACACAAAUCUAACUAUAGAGCUGAUGUUACCUCUGCAGUGUUUUUAAAAACCAUCCUCUCCAUCACCCCCAUAGAGAUAACUGUUCUUGUUAUUUGAAUGUAGUUAUCCUGGUGAAAGUGUACUCUGGAUCAUGGGUAUAAGAAGACAUCGUAGGUGCUGAUUCAGUGCUAGAUUGUGGCUGGCAUUGUGCUGGUGAACAAGAGGUCAGACGGCCUUGUCCACCUGCAAAGGUGUCAACCAGAGUCAUUCUUUGCACUUCUUGAGCACCGGGGGGCUGAUCCAAUGGAAGGACUUCUCAUUGACUUCAAUGGGCUUUGGAGCAGACCCAGGGAAAGUGAGUCCAUAACAGCAGUGGUGCUGGACUUCUCAGAGUGGGUAGGGGUGAGCACCUCCUUUUGCAUCAACCAGUGGUGUCAGGCCAGUGCUGUGUGAGGUGCACUCAGUUAUAGGGUGGUGUGGGUGCUGCUCUGUCAUGCUCCCUUUUACCAAAGUACCCAGAGUUAUUCUGAAGCCUUCCCAUAAUCCCCCACAGUAUAGCCCUUAAGUAUGCAGUGCCAAGAAUACCUAGACAAUGGGAAACUCUGCUUUUCUUUUAUAAUUUGACUUUUCCCAUUUUUUCUCCUUAGGAACAGAGAGAGGGAGUCUGAUCUACAGAUUUCAUAACUGGGUGGAUGCUUUGGUGACAUCAGUCUUGUCUGUAAUCUUUUGUCACUUAACAGAAAGCGUCUCCAGUCAGGAGGGAACAAAAGUGAUCACUCUCGUGUUAUCCAACUUGGGACCUUAUCCUCUUUCAGGAGGAAGUAGAGCAAUGUUUCCUAGCAUGAGGGCGGAGCCUCCUUUGGUGUAUCAGACUAGUUGGUGGGAAGCAUGAAAGUGUGGCUUGUGACCUUUAUUUGAAAUCUGCUCAUCAAUCUGAUGUGUUGGAUUUGUAAGAGAACACAGCUUCUCACCAUUGUUAGAAAACCUGCAGAUACUUAAAAAUGAGCAGUGAUUGCUCUAACUCAAGUAUUAGCCAACAACAGGCCCAGCAUCGUUAAUCACCUCAUUCUGAUGCACCAUACAUUAUGGUUCACAUCAAUCUAUUGAAAAAAAUGUGUGGACUCUUGUUAUUGCUUGUGGUUCUGACUAUUUGCUUGUGGGGGGAAACAAGAAAAGGCUACUAUAUUCCCUCCAAAACAGAAAGCAAAAGUUUUCAGAUUCCCAGAGCUCUGGGAAAAGGAGAUGUACUUACAUCCCGACUUCUUUCAAGCAAAGAUGUCAAUGAGAACGACCAGUUAUCUGUUGCUUUACUGGUCAAAAUGGAGAAAGUAAAUGGCAGCAUCUCUCCAACCCCUCCAGGAAACAAUGCAGUGGCAAAGUACAAGAAAUCAUUGCUCUCUGUGAAUGUCUGGAAUGAGGACAGUUCAUCAAAGAAUCUCAUACCCAGGCUGCGAAAGGUCAAAAACAAUUACCUGUCCAUGAACAAGUACAAUGUGACUUACAAAGGGCAAAGGAAUACUGCCAAACUCAGUCCGGAGAAACUGCUGUGCCAGCUCCGGGACAGAGUGAAUGUGACAAUGAUCCAUGGGUCAGACGGUCCAUUCAAUACCUCUGAAUGGCAGAUGUAUCUACCAAGAAAAAACCUCAGCCAAGAAGUUGGCCACUUCCGUCAAUGCGCUGUUGUGUCCUCAGCAGGAUCUCUGAAGUCCUCGCAUCUGGGACCAGAGAUAGGUUGGUAUUACUCUGUUAGGAUAAAACAAUAUCAUCUGGCUUUUGAACUCUGUGAGGCUGGAACAAUCCGCCAUCGCACUUGAUUUACCCAUAGGACUUUCUCCAUUUCAAAUUAAUCUGAGAAUUCACAAAGACACUUGCACCAACUUGAAAUAUUCAAUUAAGAUUCUUAUUGAUUGCAGGUGUGUGUGGUGGA